UCUGUCUUCUUCCUCCCUCAUCUUUUCAUCGCAGUGAGCGGCGACGACCGCAAGCGCGCUACUGGCGGGAUUCAGCGAGAGCCGCAGGCUGCAGGUAACUGCAUCGAAUUGAAUGCUACACUGAAAAUGAAGCACAUUCUGAAGAUCAUGGCUUUGCUGGUGGCUGUUGCUGGCAUUUGGAUCAGCUUACUAGAAACAUCAGUAGUUCCUCGUAGCUACACUUGGUUGCUGCCAGUUUAUCUAGUUGUUUCAUUAGGAUGCUAUGGUCUUCUCAUGGUCGGAGUAGGCUUGAUGCUGUUUCCAACAUGUCCCCAGGAAGCUUCACUACUGCAAAAGGGCACCUUAGUGUAUUACCAUGGUGAUGCAAGCUUAUACAAUUUAAGCUUCUUUCUCAUUUUUUUUCCAGGGCUUUAGUUGUUUACUGGUUGUUCCAUUAUGUUUGUAGUUUAUGUUAUUUUAUUUGAGUUAUAAAUUAUGCUAGUGAGGUUUUAUGCCAAAUUCUUUGAAACAAACUUGCCAAGCUGGGGGAUGGGCACCAGUGGGCAUUGUUGAUACUUACUACGUAUUUGAUUUGUGUGAUUUCAAUUCCACCUUUCACAUUGGGGUUUGGGUAUUUUAUGAUUUUUACCGCUUGUAAUCAUCAACAUAUCUUGGCAAAAUUGUGUAAAGCCUACAAGUUUAUUUGGAAAGUUUAGAGGCCCAUAUUAAAAUGAUUGAUAAAAGAAGUAGUAUGACAGUGCUAGGCCUUAAUUAGCAAUUUGGCGUGAGGCUUGUUGGUUUUUAGUGUUGAAUUCUUCACAUUCACUUGAAUUUGAUAAAGCUAUUGACAAAGAAUAAAAAAAUUAUAUAUCAAUCAAUUCAAUGUUCAUAAUUCUGCAGAAAUUGAAUUUUGGAUUUAAACUUUGUAUUGACACUUAUAUAUAAAAAUUUAAUUAUAUGUCUACAAACAUAUGAUAUGGUUCAAUAUGACAAUUGACAUGAUAACUUGAUGAGCCUACAAACAUCUCAAAGUCCUUCCACUUCAUGUGGGAGCAAUAAGGGAAAUUGUAUCACAACCUCCUAUACUUCUGAAAUUAUAAUCUCACACACAAUCUUCCCUACUCAUAAACUGAAGUCCAAUACAGAAACUAUAACCAUCAGCUAGUGGCGGUGUGUGAGAUUCAGCUCAGUGGUGGUUUUAUGCGGUGAUAUGCCUCCAACUUCAUUCACAAAUGAUUACUUUUCAACUUGAGCCUACACACUUUAGUACUAGGUUUGUUUUGCUAUUAACUUUUAAAAUCUGAGUCGAUAAAACUAUUCAGUAACUUGAUUAACAUAAAAUAUAUGACUCAAAAUGCUUAAGUCUCAAUUUUUGAUGGAAGACUCAUCUAGUCUUAUUAAUUGUCACAACAUCCUUCGAGACUAAUGAAGGUCUCAUGAUUUGCUUGCUUAUAUAUAUGCUUGUAGAUUUUGGUUCAUAUUGUAGUUACAUUAAG